AUGGGGAGGGAUCCAGAAUGGGCCCGGGCCCGCUCGGCCAGACAACUUAAGUCGACUAGGUCCCCCAUCGGUAAACCAAAAGAACAUUCCGAAGCAAAACCGAAGAUUAAGCCAAAGCCUGAGUGGAAGACAGCGUCCUUACGAAAAAAGGAGGCAAGUAAAUCCACCAAGACGCAGUCGGAAUAUUGGCAGAAGGCGCGGCCGGACUGGGCGAAAGGAAAGAGCCCUAUCGAUAAACCCAAGAUUCCAGAAAAACCAAAACCCAAGGCAAAGGAUUACUGGGAAGAAGCCAAACCAGAAUGGAGCAAAGGAAAAAGCUCCAUUUCCAAACCUAGUGCGGGAGAUAUUAAAAAGCUAGCGGAGAAGAAGAAGUACGAGUAUCCAACGCCUGAAUGGGCAACUCCAGGGAGAAACAAAGAUAAGGCUUCAGAUGAACAAGAUGGCAACAAAGGUCUUUUAAAAGCCGAACUAGAAAGCAUAUUUGGAAAACCCAAACCGAUAGUGAAGCAGAAAAGACCCCAUUCCUCCCAGGAUAUCGAAGAAAGUUAUCGAGCAAGCAUACGAAAAUUUGCUGACCACCGUCGCAAUCUGAAAGUGAAAACAAAACAUCGACCAACAUCCAAUCCCGUCAGGCAGCUGUUGUCCCGUGAGGAUGUAAGAAGUGAGCUGUAAGGUGUGGAGUCGAGUCUGGAAAUAUUGGCUGUCUUUGAUAUCAGUAUCUACGUUCCAUUUGUCUAAAUUAGAAUGCAGACAGGUUGAGAAGGAAUUCUCGGUUAGGACUAUGUGGCUUAAAGGGGGCAUAUGAAUUGGUCUACCUCAUUUGGUAAAUCGCUCAUUUCCUCAUCUUUCAAGGUUAUAUUUCAGAAUAUAUAUCAUGAACUAUAGUUACCAUUUGAAAAAUAUCGAGGCAUCAAAAAGAAAAGUUUAGAGCAAUUGACCUGGAUUUCUUAAAUCUCGUAAACUGCCAAGGAUAUGGUGAUGACCCUUUGUAGGAGGUCUCAACGGGGUUAGUGGUUACCCGUCAAAUGGCCAGAAAAUUUAGCCGGGAGGCUUAAAAAUUGAAAACAUUCCAAAUAACCGUUUCCAGCGGAUUAUAUUUUCUUGCCGUUAGUUGUAGAAUAAAAUAAUCAACCCUUAAAAUUUUUCUGUUGACCACAAUGGAAAGAUAUUAAUCGUAAGCCGUAAAGUGGCCACAAUUUUUAACCGUAAGUUGCAAAAAUUUCAACCCACAGGCCUUAAAGGCCAUGACCCCUCUUAUUAUGUUAACGACUGCACGAAUUGGUUUGGUAUUUCGUCGGGCUUAGGUACGAAUGAUAUGUGGACGUUAACAUUCUGAACUGUUUAUUACACUAUAUAUUUAUUUAAUUGUUGUUGAGAUGAAAUGUGUUAUUUAAGAGUGAUUUAUUUCCUUGCACAGUAUCAAUGUGGCAAGAGCAAAAGAGGAUAAGGCUGGUUAAAGAUGUAGAUCCAAGUUUCAAAACGUCGUAAUGAAAGGAGCAAUGUAGAAACGAAAAUACAUGAUCGCGAAUGAAAUCCAUUGCACAUUAAAAUCUAAAUAAUAGCCAAAAGAAAGUAACAAUUUUGUAUCAACAAAACUACAAAUAUCACCAAAAAAAUUGUUAGUUUUACAGAAGAGUUCAGUUCAGAAUAGGUGAUGAGUGAUUAGAUGUUUGGUCGAGAUUGUGGCCUAAUGAGUGAUUGUGGGUAGAAAUACAUGCAGUAAAUUUUGGUAUAGUUUCCACUUACCUCGGCAAAAAAUUGCUAUUUCAGUGAUAUCUAACACAUUUUGUCAAUAUUGCCGUUAUAUUGAAUCCAAUGUAAGCAUGGUGUAUAUGGCCUAUAUACCUUCAGUGCAACUGUUAUGGGAAACUGACGUUAACAUAUUUUU